AUGGGAUUCGUUUGCAACCACCUGCACCUCCGGAGCGAAGAUCCGGACAACGCUGCCAAGUUUUACGUGGACAACUUCGGCGCAUCCAUUGCCGAGACCCGUCCGUUGUCCACCACGGUAUCACACCGGCUGGAGCUGAACGGUCAGCCCUUGCUGACGGUGUCGGGACGUGCGGAUGGUGAAGACCCGGUUGCCGGCUCCACCGAGCCGCGUUAUGGGCUGGACCACUUCGGUUUCGAGACCGAUGACAUCCAGGCAGCGUUCUCGCAGUUCAAGUCCACUGGCGCAAACAUCAUUUGCGAUCCGUGGACGAUGCCAUCUGGCAGCCAGGUGAUGUUUGUAGAGGCGCCGGACAAGGUUAGCCUGGAGAUAAUUCAGCGCCCAUCGUAA